GCCGUUGAAUCCACCGAAACGUACCCCGAGCACCUCACCGGAGAAGGGUAUAGGGUUUAUAUCCCACACCCGAUCUCCGCUUUCCACUCGCUCUUCCGGCCAUGUGAGAGCGAAAAGGAGCGAGAGAGCUCGCAAGAGAGAGAAAAAGAACGCCCUUUUGCCGAUCGCCGAGCUCAAAACCCUAACAAAGCCCUAGGCUUUCGGAUCCGACCUCGGCCCCGAUGGCGGAAGGAUUGGCGAAGGCGAAGAAGCCGGAGGCCGCGGCGGCCUCGUCGCCGAGGACGAUUGAGUUCCAUCCAGCAAGGAAGCCUUUCUCCCCCAUCGCCCGCGCCGGGGGGGAUUUCCACAUCGAAACCCUAAAUUCCAGCACGGAUUCUCACCGGCCAGCGCCGAGCCCCGGGGCUCGGACGGCGGCGGCGGCGGGGAAGAAGAUAUCGGACCGCGGGGAGUUCUACGAACAUGGAUUGGAUCCGGAGCUCAGCUUUAGGAUCACCUUCCGGAGAAUCGGUGCUGGUUUGCAGAAUCUUGGUAACACUUGUUUUCUUAAUUCGGUUCUCCAAUGCUUGACAUACACUGAACCUUUUGCAGCUUAUUUGCAAAGCGGCAAACAUAAAUCCUCAUGCCAUACCACUGGAUUUUGUGCAAUGUGCGCUCUUCAGAAUCAUGUCAUGGUUGCUCUACAAUCAACUGGGAAGAUAUUGUCACCUUCUCAUAUUGUCAAGAACUUGCGAUGCAUAUCUCGCAAUUUUCGCAAUUACAGACAAGAAGAUGCACAUGAGUACAUGGUUAACUUGCUUGAGUCCAUGCACAAAUGCUGUUUGCCUUCUGGAGUCCCAAGUGAGUCUCCUUGUGCUUAUGAAAAAAGUUUGGUCCACAAGAUUUUUGGGGGUCGUCUCAGGAGUCAGGUGAAAUGCAUGCAAUGUUCCUACUGUUCCAAUAAGUUUGAUCCCUUCUUAGAUUUGAGUCUGGAAAUAGUGAAGGCUGAUUCUUUGCGCAAGGCACUUGCACAUUUCACUGAAGUGGAGCAGUUAGAUGGAGAGGGGAGGCAGUACCAAUGCCAACGGUGCAAAGAAAAAGUUAGAGCCCUGAAGCAGCUUACUAUUGAUAAGGCCCCAUGUGUCCUCACAAUUCAUCUUAAGCGUUUUGGUUCUCAUAUUCCUGGACAAAAGAUUAACAAAAGAGUUGAGUUUGAGCCCACUCUAGACUUGAAACCCUUCGUCAGUGAUGCACAUGAAGGAAAUUUAAAAUAUACUCUUUAUGGUGUACUAGUACAUGCGGGUUGGAGUACCCACUCUGGUCAUUAUUACUGUUAUGUUCGUACUUCAAGUGGCACGUGGCAUUCGCUUGAUGAUAACCAGGUCAGACAAGUCAGUGAGAAGACUGUAUUGGCACAGAAAGCCUACAUGUUAUUCUAUGUCCGUGAUAGAAGUUCUUUAAUCAAGAGAUCAGUUGAUGUUGCUCACAAAGAUAACCUUUAUGCUAAUGGCCCUGUAAAUAAAUUAGUUACUCGAUCUGCUGUAACCUCAAAUGGAGCAGCUAAAAAUAGUGGAGUUGAAAGAAGAUUAAGCACUGCAGAGUGUAUCUCUGCCAAAAUUAAGUCUGAUUGUAAUCGCCAAUCUGAUUUUGUGGGUGGUACUUCAUCAGAUCACCCCUUACAGGAAGUGGUUUCUUCUUUACAGAACUCACAGAAUAAUGGCCAAGUGAUGCCAAAAGAUGCUUUAAACUUGCUCAGAAAUGGUGGUGUUAUAUCUGAGGGACUGCAGCAAACAACGUUGCCAGCUCCUAAAAAGCUACCUUUUUGUAAAGAUCCGAAGAUGCCUGUUGUAACAUCCACUAGGGACCAGAAGUUGAAGGAAGACUUAGCACAGCCAGCUUUGCUAAAGGACAAUACUGUCACCACCACUUAUCAUGGAAGUGAUACCUCCUUUAUCCAUGGCGUCCAAUCAAAUGAUAGAUUUCAUCUCUGUAAUGGUUGUAAUGCAGACAUGAAGUCAGAUAUCCUUACUGCCGAGCCGAAUGACACCGCCUCCCCCAAAAUUACUGAGAAACAUGCCAAGAAACUUCUCACAGAGAACAACAUGAUGGACAGCAAAAAUAAGCCUUCUAUUUUCCCCAACCAAUCAAGUCCCAUGAAACAGUCCAUUCAGAAGGGAGUGUUUAGUGAAAAACACGUGGAGCAACAGGCCCCUGGCAGUAAGAAUAAGUAUUCAAGCAACAUUCCCUGCCAGAAUGAUGAGGGAAGCCUUCUGAGUGAACCUGGGUUGGCCAAACUUUCAAUGAAACAAAGCACUUCAAAUGGUUAUGGUCAGAAGGAAGCUUUUGCAGAAACUGGCAGAGAGCAUUCAGUUGCCCAGUUCUACCAAACAGACAGGCAGCUGAAGAAGCUUGCAAAAUGUUCAUUGAGGCACAUGUAUCUUGGCCGCAAGCGGCUAUUUUUCGCUUCUUUAAGGCUUCAUAAAAGUAGAACAGGCAAGAGAAGCAGAAAACACCAGUUAAGUUCUAGAAACAUGACCCAAAAUGGAGUUCUAGACAAUCUUGGCAUAAGUGAGCAAACAACAUUGACAUCUCAGGCCAUUAAAGCUGGUAUACAUUCCCACAGAAAACGCUCCCAUUCUAGUUCUAUCAAAGAUAAUAAUAGCCAGGGAGCGAUUGAUAAUAGUUAUUGUAAUGGUGAUUCUGCGGUCACUGAUGGACAAAUAGAGGAGGGAAAUGAUAAAAAUAUUUCCAUGAUUGCUGCAUCAAGGCGAGUGAAAAGGUGUUUGAGCUCUGCAGCAAAUGAAUGCAAUUCAAGAGAAACAGAUGCAAAUGAGAAAGGGCCACAGCAGCAUGAAUUUAUGAGUAUGCUGAUGAGGGGUUUGAAAGAAACCACCGUUGCACAGUGGGAUGACUUUGAAUUGGCCAAGUCUGAGGCACGGGGACCAGAAAAUUCAAGAAAUAACAGCAUCGGUUAUGUGCUGGAUAAGUGGGAUGAGGAGUAUGACCGAGGGAAGGUGAAGAAGGUAAAGAAAUCCAGACAAUCUUUUAACGGACCAAACCCGUUCCAGGAGACUUCCAACGUGAAAGCACAGCAGAAGAUGAAGGUGGACUACAUUAGAUCUGGGAAUCAACCAUUCAGGAUAUGAUGGCGAAAAAGAAAGGAGAAAAUUGUUGUUAUUUUUGGCCCUUGUUUUGGUGUUAUAAUUGAUUCAUGUUUUGUUUUUCUUUUGAAGAGCGGAGUGGGCACCAGCCACCAAGACUUAUUACUUGCAAACAACCUAGUUGAGGAUGAACAAGCUAGAUGAGCUUUUUGUCCUUCCCCACUUCCUGCAUCAUUGGCUCAUCUCUGAGUACAUGCGAACCCGUUUCCUUCAUAAGCAGUGUCGAGUUGUGGGAUUAACUGGGGCUACCUGGAAAUAAAAUCAUUUUUUCAACUUACUUCACAGUUCAUUUCAUUUUAUCCUGAAAAGUUGGUACAGAGGUACUUUUGGAGAUUCUAAGAUCUUUCUGCUCAUUUGUUU